GAUGGACGAAGCGUGAAGUUAGUUGUCAGAUCUGUCAAAUAUUCCGGUUGUUGUAGGUUAUGAUAAAUUUCUUUGAUUGUAAACUGGAAAUAUCGAGAAAAUGUUUUCGAGACAGUUAUUAAAUAAUUGUAGAAUGUUAUUAAAACAACCAGUAAUUCGUGAUUCAAUUCAGAAUAACACACUGCGUUUGAUUCCAGUACGUUAUAGGUCUUAUACACCCAUAAAUACGGUUAUUAUGUUUGUUCCACAACAGGAAGCAUGGGUUGUAGAACGUAUGGGUAAAUUUCAUAGAAUACUAGAACCUGGUUUAAAUGUAUUAAUACCUAUAGUGGAUAAGGUAAAAUAUGUUCAGAGUCUAAAAGAAAUCGCCGUUGAUAUCCCAAAACAAAGUGCCAUAACUUCAGACAAUGUCACUUUAAAUAUUGAUGGUGUUCUCUACUUAAGAAUUGUUGAUGCAUAUUUGGCAAGUUAUGGCGUUGAAGAUCCAGAAUUUGCUAUAACCCAAUUAGCACAAACUACUAUGAGAUCAGAACUUGGAAAAAUUUCCUUAGACAAAGUAUUUCGUGAAAGAGAAAAUCUUAAUGUGUCAAUUGUUGAUUCUAUUAAUAAGGCAAGUGAAGCAUGGGGAAUGACUUGUCUUCGUUAUGAAAUUCGUGAUAUUAAACUACCACCAAGAGUACAAGAAGCUAUGCAGAUGCAAGUAGAAGCUGAGCGCAAAAAACGUGCUGCUAUUCUUGAGUCUGAAGGUGUUCGUGAAGCUGAUAUAAAUGUAGCAGAAGGUAAAAGAAAAUCACGAAUAUUAGCUUCUGAAGCCGAACGUCAAGAACAAAUUAACAAAGCUGCUGGUGAGGCUGCAGCAAUUUUAGCUGUAGCUGAAGCCAGAGCAGGUGGGCUAAAGCUUGUAGCUGAAGCUUUAAAAAAAGAUCUAGGACCUAAUGCAGCCUCUCUUAGCAUAGCUGAACAGUAUGUUAAUGCAUUUGAUAAGUUGGCAAAAACAAACAACACACUCAUUUUGCCCUCAAAUGUGGGAGAUGUGUCUAAUUUAGUUGGCCAGGCUAUGUCUAUCUAUUCAACAAUUUCAAAAACUCAAGAUAAAAAUGCUUAUAAAAAAAUGGAUGAUCGUAUGAUUUCAACUCACAAUGAUUUUGCUGAACUUUUUAGUGAUGAAGAGGACAAGAAAAAAAGUAAAACUCUGCAAAAUAAAACAAAUGUUCCUUUUAUUAAAUAAUAUAUUUCAUCUUUUUAUUUUCAAAUCAGUGUAGUUUAUAAAAUGAUUAAAUUAUUUUAUAAUAAAAAAAAAAAUGUUUAAUGUGCAA